AUGUUUGCCGGCUGGAAGGAACCCCUUCCAGAAGGCAAGGUAGAUGUACUUCUCUGUCUGGAAGGAAACCCUUCCAGAAGGCAAGGUAGAUGUACUUCUCUGGCUGGAAGGAAACCCUUCCAGAAGGCAAGGUACAUGCUUGCCGGCUGGAAGGAAACCCUUCCAGCCGGUGUAAGACUCAAAAGUGGUUGUGAAAUCCUUUUGCUGAAUGGAGAAGGGGAUGGUGGAGGUGCAAGCUCUACCCUUCUAUGCUAUCAUAACAACAAGACCACCAAGCUCAGCUUGGCAGUUUAUAUAUUGUGA